CCGCUCCGCUGGUCCAGUCUCUCACGGUCGUCGCCAUAUUGCGACGAGCUUUACACGCCGUCAAACCACGACCUGCCCCCCAACCCCGCCGAAGACGACUCCGACGACUCCGACUCGGCAAUGGACUGAAAACGGGACAAGCGCGGACACAAUCGCUGCAGCUAUUCCACCGCCUACACGUCGUCACGGUUUACGGACGGACAUCCGUCGSGACGGACUCCGCGGCCGCCGCCGUUACACGCCGAGAGAGGUCCACCGCGCACGUCCUGCAGCAGGGACGGGCCCAUUUAUAGUAGUUAGUCGCGGUGUACGCGAGUACCGUGCGCGCGCGGUUCGUCAUUGAGUCACUGUUCCGUCGUGCGUGUGUGCGUACCGGGUCGGGCGAGACAACGUGCACGCUUUAGAUAAACACUCCUACCUACCUCCGUACAGUCACACGGGACCACCGACCGCGCGAGAGUCUAUCGCGCCCGCCGAAGAGAAGUGAGCGGAGCCGGUCGACGACGCAAUAUAGCUUUUGAAUUUGGACACGACAACGCGGGAUAAAAUAUGGCACCUGUUGACAAGUCGACUGAUGGAUCCGAUUCAGCAGACAAAUCGGGUACGUCGGCACCGAGUCCAGCGAUCGGCGAAAAUAAGACAGCUGGCGGUACGUCAGCCCAAGGGAUCGACCAAUCAGUCAGGCAGGGCACGCCUGUUCUGGACGGCAAUGGAUAUGCCGAUACGACAAUGAGUCCCAAACUAGAAAACGCAGACAACAUAAAAACUAAACUAUCAGACAAAGAUUUGAGGACGCCGAGCAUACCGUUCAUAACGUCUACGCCAAACACCUUGUCUCCAACGGAUAGUUCGGAAAUGCCACCAUGGGCAUCUUGGUCUAUAAUAAUAGCGGUAGUACUACUAGCAGUCGGAUUCGUGGGCUUUUGCAUACACAGAUUCUUCAGAAAGCGAAGAACAAAAGAUGGCAAAAAAGGAAAAGGCGUCGUGGAUCUAAAGGCGGUCCAACUAUUGGGUUCAGCCUACAAAGAAAAAAUACAACCAGAUAUGGAAGAAUUGGCUGACAAUGCUGAAGAAAUUGCGGAAGAAGGAGACAGUACAAAGGACGAGAAAAAGUUAGGAAGGUUACAGUUCAAGAUGGAAUAUGAUUUCCAAGGCAAUACUCUCUCCGUGACCGUGAUCCAAGCGGAAGACCUGCCAGCCCUCGACAUGGGAGGUACCUCGGACCCUUACGUGAAGGUCUACUUAUUGCCGGACAAAAAGAAGAAAUUCGAAACAAAAGUGCAUAGAAAAACGCUGAAUCCCGUCUUUAACGAAACAUUCCAGUUCAAGGGAAUACCUUAUGCAGAUGCAAUGAACAAGACAUUGGUAUUUGCCAUUUUCGAUUUCGACCGGUUCUCCAAGCACGAUCAGAUAGGAGAAGUAAAAGUGCCCUUGUGUCAGAUCGAUUUGGCCCAGACGAUUGARGAAUGGAGAGAACUGCAGUCGGUCGAAGGAGAAGGAGGACAGGACAACAAGCUGGGAGACAUUUGCUUCUCAUUACGUUACGUGCCCACUGCCGGAAAACUUACAGUAGUAAUAUUGGAAGCUAAAAACUUGAAGAAAAUGGACGUUGGUGGACUCUCAGAUCCGUACGUGAAGAUCGCUUUGAUGCAAAAUGGAAAAAGAUUAAAGAAAAAGAAAACUAGUAUAAAAAAGUGUACCCUAAAUCCAUAUUACAACGAGUCGUUCACAUUCGAAGUGCCAUUCGAACAGAUACAAAAAGUGAACCUGGUAGUGACAGUGGUCGACUACGAUCGCAUCGGUACAUCUGAGCCCAUCGGCAAAGUGGUGUUGGGCUACAAUGCCACCGGCACCGAACUGCGGCACUGGUCCGACAUGUUGGCGUCGCCAAGGCGUCCGAUCGCGCAGUGGCACACGCUGAAAGAUCCGGACGACGAUGCUAAAAACUAGAAAACGCUAAUAUACAAGAACCGACCGAACGACAGACCAUCGCCGCCGGUCAUUGCCAUCGCUUAACCACUCGCCCCAAUCGGAUAUUAUAAUACCAUAAUACAGAAAUAAUAAUUCUCAAACAGCACACUAAAAUCGGAAAUAUAAGCAGACACCUAUAUCUAAUAUAGGCAUACACUUYAAAAUAAUACCAAAAUAGAUUAAUUGUCUAAACGAGAAAACGCGCCAUUUUGUGUAUUAAUAUCWUCGUAGAGAAUGUUGCAAUAUUAUUCAAACUCUAUCCUAAAAAAAAAAAAAAACAUAUACCUAAUACUAAUUGUUGGCGUACCUAUCACAUAAAUAUAUUAUUAUAUUAACAUUCUUCGUGUACACAAUGUGUACAUGACGAUAUUUUUAUCAGUGCGUGUUUUCACAUGUUAAACUUAUAUCCUCCGUCGUCACUAUCCCCAAAAGAUAAAAAGAAUAACAGAUUAUCUCUAAUGAAAUUAUCACCAACCACCAUAGAGGCAUAGACAUAAUAUAUUUACUUAUAAACUUGGACAAUAUUUAUACAUCCCUGCUAUACCUAAUAGAUUAUACACUGAUUGUCGUUUAUCGUCCUGGUGCAACUUAGAGUUAGAGAUAUUGUAAAAACAAACCUCGUUUUAUUGUGGUGCGUAUUAUUAAAAUAAUAUKAUUCAGAGAUACAGCCAGGGGAACUGAGUGAGCUGAAAACCACCCCAAAAUUUCAGGAAAAUUUAAUAAUGCUUAUGCAAAAAUAAUGGGUAACCAUUUUUAUUAAAGUUACUGCAAAUAUCUAAAAUUUUACAUACYCACCAUCAGCAUACCAAACUUAUGAGGGAUCCCAGUUAAGCCUCCCCUAAGAAAAUUAUCAGCCCUACCCCCAAAGUAAAAUCCUGAAAGAUCUUUCGUAUAAUAAUAUGUUGUACUUAAAAGUGAGACGAAAUUAUUAUCAAUACCGAACAAAAA